AUGGUGCAAAACCAUAGAUUGAUCAUUCACAAUGGAAAAAAAUUGAAAAAGCUUAGAGUUUCAGUAGAAGAAGGUGCCACCGCCGUCUCCGUCGUUGUCCCCGGCGGUGGCUACUUAAUGACAGCUAAACAGAAGAUUCUAUCAAUUAUCUUUAUCUCUUUCCUCUCUUGCUGUUACAUCUUCAGCAUCUCCUUUUUCUCUCUCCUAGAAUCGUUUAGGAAAGAAAGUGAAGAUUUUGGUCCUUACGAACCCUUCAUUGCACCUCAAUGUUCACGAAUCUCCAAUGGAACAAUUUGUUGUGACAGAACCGGUUUUAGAUCCGAAAUCUGUAUUAUGAAAGGAGAUGUUAGAACACACUCUGCUUCUUCAUCAGUCUGCCUCUUCACUUCCCUGAAAAACAAGUCCAAAAUCCAUGAAAAGAUCAAACCUUACACAAGAAAAUGGGAGACUAGCGUGAUGGAAACAGUUCAAGAACUCAAUCUCGUUUACGGAGAUGAAAAUUAUUCAGUCUCUGAUGAUGAACAUAACAAUAACAUCUGUGAUGUGUUCUAUAACGUUCCUGCUGUGUUUUUAUCUACUGGUGGUUAUACCGGAAACGUUUACCACGAAUUUAAUGAUGGAAUCAUCCCUUUGUUCAUCACUUCACAGCAUUUCAAGAAGAAGGUUGUGUUUGUGAUUGUUGAGUAUCAUACUUGGUGGGUUAUGAAAUAUGGAGAUAUCGUUUCUCAGCUAUCCGAUUAUCCAACCGUGGACUUCAAUGGCGAUAAGAGAACGCAUUGUUUCAAGGAAGCUAUAGUGGGAUUAAAGAUUCACGACGAGUUAACGGUUGAUUCAUCGUUGAUGCUUGGUAAUAAAACCAUUUUUGAUUUCAGAAAUGUGUUGGAUCGGGCAUAUUUGCCGCGUAUCCGUGGAUUGAUUCAAGACGAAGAGCUCGAGACAGCAAACAAGACCAGUCAAAGUGUUCGAGAAGAUGGUUUGAAGAAACCGAAAUUGGUGAUUCUUUCGAGAAAUGGAACGAGGGAGAUAUUGAAUGAGAAUCUUUUGGUGGAAUUAGCUGAAGAAAUUGGAUUUUUCGUCGAGGUUUUGAGACCGGAUAAAACUACCGAGCUGGCGAAAAUCUACAAAUGUUUGAAUUCUAGCGAUGUGAUGAUCGGUGUUCACGGAGCUGCAAUGACACAUUUCCUUUUCUUGAAGCCAAAAACCGUGUUUAUACAGAUUAUUCCGCUAGGAACCGAGUGGGCAGCUGAGACUUACUAUGGAGAACCAGCCAAGAAAAUGAGAUUGAAGUACAUUGGUUACAAGAUUAAACCGAUAGAGAGUUCUUUAUACGACGAAUAUGGUAAAGAUGAUCCGAUAAUCCGAGAUCCGAAGAGUUUUACUCGAAAAGGAUGGGACUAUACUAAGAAGAUCUAUCUCGAGCGCCAAAACGUGAAGCUCGAUUUGAAAAGAUUCAGAAAAUCGUUGUCUCGUGCUUACGAUUUUUCGGUUAAGAGACUUGGACCAGUGUAUAGCAGUCAAUAA